GAUAGAGAGAGAGAAAGAGGAUGAGCGAGAAAGCGAAAGUGAUAGUGAGAAUGCUACAAGGUUGCAAUAGCAUGAACAAGCUCCGCAAGAUCCAUUCUCAUGUCAUCGUCAAUGGUCUCCAACAUCAUCCUUCCAUCUUUGACAAUCUCCUCCGCUUCUGCGCCGUCUCCGUCACCGGUUCUCUGUCUUACGCUCUGCUUCUCUUCGACCGUUUCGAUUCUUCUGAUCCAUCAACUUCGGCUUGGAACUCCCUUAUCCGUGGCUUCUCCAUUUCCUCUUCUCCUCUCUAUUCGCUUCUCUUCUACAAUCGAAUGCUUCACUCCUCUGUUUCACGCCCCGAUACCUUCACUUUGAGUUUUGCUCUCAAAGCCUGUGAGAGGCUUCGCUCGAUUCCGAAAUGUUUGGAGCUUCACGGUUCGAUUAUUCGAUCUGGGUUUCAUGCUCAUGCCAAUGUUUCCACUGGUCUCGUUCGUUGUUACUCUGCUAACGCGAGUGUUGAUAUUGCAUCCAAACUGUUCGACGAAAUGCCUGUGAGAGACGUGGUUUCUUGGAACGCUAUGAUCUCUUGCUUUUCUCAUGCUGGUUUACAUCAUCAGGCGUUGGGUAUGUACAAGAGAAUGGUAAAUGAAGGUGUGUGCCUCGACGCUUACUCGCUAGUUGCUUUGUUAUCUUCUUGUGCUCACGUUAGUGCUUUGAAUAUGGGAGUUAUGCUACACAGGAUCGCCUGUGACAUUCGAUGUGAGAGUAGUGUCUUUGUGAGUAAUGCUCUUAUCGAUAUGUAUGCAAAAUGUGGUAGCCUUGAAAAUGCUGUUGGUGUUUUUAAUGGUAUGCACAAGAGAGAUGUGUUGACCUGGAACUCAAUGAUUAUUGGGUAUGGAGUUCAUGGGUAUGGCGUAGAGGCUAUAUCUUUUUUUAGAAAGAUGGUGGCUUCUGGGGUUAGACCCAAUGCCAUUACAUUCCUUGGGUUGUUGUUAGGUUGUAGUCAUCAAGGUCUAGUUAACGAAGGAGUUGAGUAUUUUGAAAUCAUGAGUUCACAGUUCCAUGUGGUCCCGAAUAUUAAACACUAUGGAUGCAUGGUGGAUCUCUAUGGACGAGCAGGUCAGCUAGGAAAGGCCCUCGAGAUGAUACACGCGUCUUCCUGCCAUGACGAUCCUGUAUUAUGGAGAACCUUACUUGGAUCUUGCAAAAUCCAUGGUAAUGUGGAAUUAGGAGAAGUGGCCAUGAAGAAGUUGGUGAAACUCAAGGCUUUCAAUGCAGGGGAUUAUGUGCUUUUGACUUCCAUAUAUUCUGCAGCGAAUGAUGCCCAAGGUUUUGCUAGUAUGCGAAAACUAAUAAGAAUCCAUGAUUUACGGACAGUUCCAGGCUGGAGCUGGAUUGAGAUUGGUGAUCAAGUUCACAAAUUUGUAGUUGAUGACAAAAUGCAUCCAGAGUCUGCACUUAUUUACUCAGAACUCAGAGAAGUAAUCCACCGUGCCAUUCUAGCUGGUUACAAGCCAGAGGACUCGAACAGAACUGCUCCUACUCUAUCUGAUCGGUGUUUAGGAUCUACAGAUACAUUUCACAGUGAAAAAUUGGCAAUUGCAUAUGGAUUGAUGAGAACUCCUGCAGGAACAACUCUUCGGAUCACAAAGAAUCUGAGAGUUUGCAGAGAUUGCCAUUCUUUUACAAAAUGUGUAUCAAAAGCUUUCGGUCGGAAAAUUAUUGUAAGGGAUAGAGUUCGAUUUCAUCACUUUGCAGGAGCUGUUUGUUCUUGCAACGAAUACUGGUGAUAACAAUCAACAAUGUUCUCAUUCAGCCUAAAAAGAAUUAUCACCACAAGAUUCCUUAAAUGGAAAAGGGAGAGAGACAGAGAUGAGACAAUCAUUGCCACAUGUAUCAUCACAUUGCUAAUACAUUUCACUAGUGUUAUCUUGUAGUGAGGAAAUCCCAACUUGUUGUUUUUUGGCUGCUUAUCGUGUUGGAACUUUUGGGUCUGAUAGAUUAAUGCUAUUGUGCAUCAUGUCUAACUUUCUAUCUUGUGAAUGUUGUCGGUUUUUCCAAUAGUAUCUCGAGCCAUCAGUGGUUGUGAUUAAAAUUGUGGAGCCAGGUUUCUCUGUAUAGAUGGGUCAGACAGUCUGACAAUGGUUUACCUUGAUAUACAGAUUGUCAUUAUGAUUUGAGGUGUAGCCCCCUAGUUAUUUGUUUCUUGAUUUUAUAAAAUUUGACCACUAUUUUGUGAUUGGCAGAGGUCGUGAUUAUGUCCUGGAACAAGAAUAUAACAAAGACACGAAAAUCUCUGGGGAGGGACCAAAGAAAAGAAGCAUCCAACCUCCAAGAAAUUGCAGAAGGUGUGAGACUUGAGAGCAUUCUUUGGGAUUGCAACACUUAAAGAGAAGAACCGAAGCGAGUACCAGUGAUAGAGAUCUUAUCAAACCGAGGGCUUUGUUGAUGUAGCCACGAGUGAGAAUCAACUAAACUGGUUUGCUGACAGUUUGUAAGUGGUUUUGGCUAAAGAUAAAAAAAAAAACAGAGAGAAAACAGAGCUUGAUUUCUAUUUCUAUACAAAUCUCAAUUUCGAAACAAAGUGUAAAAUUUAAUCUGUAUUUGAUUUGAAUAAAUUAAAAAAUCAUUAUA